CUCUUACUUCAACACCACACAUCUGAUAAUGACCGAUCUUUUGAAGACACCUGCUCACGUUUCCUGUUUUGUGUUUUGCGUUUCCUGUUUUGUGUUUUGUUCUCAGACGCUGGGGAGAAGGGCGGGCAGGUCUCCGGAGGACAGAAGCAGAGGAUCGCCAUCGCCCGAGCGCUCAUCAGACGCCCCGAGAUCCUCGUUUUAGACAACGCCACCAGCGACCUGGACGCAGAGACGGAGAAGAAGGUUCAUGAUGCUGUUCUGAAUCUGUCCAACCACUGCACCGUGCUGCUCAUCUCCAAUAAACUGGAGAUGGUGAAGAGCGCAGACCACAUCGUGUACCUCCACCAGGGGGCGGUGCCAGAGCAGGGCCGCCACGACCAGCUGAUGGGGCUUCAGGGACACUACGCUGAGCUGGUGGAGAAGCAGAACAAAGGCUUCCAGAGACAGACGGAGCAGAGCUGAGACCUGAGACCCGAGACCCGAAAAAAACAACUAAACUAAACAAAACACCAACUCCGCCCACAACCACUUUUGAAAUUGCAAAUAGUAGUUUUUUUUAAUCGCUUCUGUUGGAAAAGAGUCGCAAAAAAUGAGGAGGGAGAAGUAUUUAUUAGUUUUUUAUGAUAUUUUGUUUGUGGAGGUAUAAGGAACUCUGUGAUUGGUCGAACAGAUUUUCACACUUCAGACUCCGCCCCUACAGCACCUGGGGGCAGUGCUGUGUGAUGUCACCAACUACUUGAUACUGCAAUGGCCACUGACAGCAGCACACACUUAGAUUUAUACUUUUGUUUUGGUGUUCAGUUCCACUUUAAGAGAAAAAUAUAUAUAUUUGGUAUGAUGUGAAUAUUUAAAUUAGAAUUUAAAACAUUUUAUAACUUAAAAAAAAAACAUUAAAUAAAACAAAAAUAAUUAUAAUAUCGCGGCUCAGACAUCAGAUUAUGUAUGUUUUGGUUUGAUUUGCACAUCACUAAUUUUUGUGAUAUUCAGAAAUAAAUUUAUUUAUUACAUUUAAAUAAAUUUAUUUUAUUUUAUUACAUUUAAAAAAAUUAAUUUUCCACAGUACUGUAUGUAUUUGAAAUAUUACUGUAGACUUUCUGAAGGCUUUCAGAUUCUUUCCUUUUUCUUAGUAAAGAUCGAGUCUGUGUGUAUAUAUGUGCAGUAGUAUUAUCACUGUAUUACAGUAGAGUAAUAAUACUGUUACUACUGAAGCAGCACCAACUGAAUGACAAUAACAGUAGAAGCUCCUUUUGCAGAUGUGACGUUUGUGACAUCAGUAUUAUUUAAAAUGAUUUGGAACAUGGACAAAUCCAAAGAAGUUUAUGUAUUUUUAGUGUAAUGUUUUAUAAUUGAAAAAAAAAUCAGUCCGCUUGCUUAGAGGGAUUAUGCUGUAAUAUUAUUUUUUAUAUAUGUCUAAAUAAAUAUGUUCUACUUUAAAA